UCACUAAGCGUCGCUACACAGACAGUAACAGAAAACCCCGAAGAGAGCAGGAGCCACCGAGAGCUCCUUCAGGACCCUGCGAGAUUUUUUUUUUCCAAAAAUUCCAGUUCGCACAAUUUUCACGACAAACCGUGUGACGGAUAGUAUCUGUGCGUGAACUUAUUUAUCCGAUCAAGAUGAGGUAUACUAUUCUGGCACUAACGGUUGCGCUUUGUCUCGCAUUAGUGAGCUCGAAUCCGCUUCCGGAAAACGGACUUCGCUCAGAGACCCUCGAUCGGCUAGUGAUGGCCGAAACUGACAACGAGGCGGCCCUGAGAAGCAAACGGACGAUCGGCAUUCUACGACAGCUCUUCCCAGAUAUUUCUCAGGACGUGAACCCGGAAUCGGAGAAUCGAGUGAACGAAGCCGAAGCGGAAUCGCAGAAUAACGAAGUGCGGGUGCAACUCGCGGACGAACCGGCGAAGGACCCGGAAGAGCUCACGCCAUUGAGUGAAAAUGAGACGGAGGGCGGCGAAGACGAGGGCAGAGACAAGAGACAAGGUUCCACCGGAGCAGCGGGAUCGGGCAACUUUCUCUUCGAUAUUAUCAGGACGGUGGCCAGCAGCGGAAGUAACUCAGGUUCCUGGGGCAGUAGCGAAGAGAAGCCUAUAAUAGGACCGACGCAGGGUAUGACGAUGGCUAUACCCGGUCCUUUCACCAGAUUGCUCCUCAUCGCUAAUCGGGGAUGGUCGGAUCUCAUCGAGGACGUAGUACUCCGCUUAGCGGCCACGAGCGAAAGGUUUGUCAACUACAAGGCACGACUUGUCAACUGGCUUAUCUAAGGAGCUUAUUCGAGGAUCGGGAUGAGGAAGCACAGGGGCCUCGCCGGCCUUGGUACCGAAACAUGGACAUCAACGCCGAGCCGCCUCUGCCAGAAAGGAGCACGGGUACGACGUUGGCAACAGGACCGAUCUCACGGUGUUGCCCCCUUGUUCCCGAGAUCCUGAAUUCACUUCCUUCGUCAAUGGCCGAGCUCUUCGUGAAAACACAAGACACUUCGUCACCAAACGUAUUCCUCUAUAAACGCGACGUUAACUCGAUUUCGCGUUCGACUUUGUUCACUCGGCUCUCUAUAUAAUUUGUUUUCUCCUUUUCAUUUACUUUUCUCUUUCUCUCUUUCUUUCUUUUUCUCUUUCUUUCUCGUUUCCGGUGUCUAUCUCUCUUCUCGCAUUUUUUUUUUUUUUUUUUUUUUUUUUUUUUUUUAUAAUGUAUCGGUCGAAUUUAUUAAAACGAUAGAGAAAUUUCCGUAGACGGUCGUCGUUUUAAGACGAUCGAAAUUUAAUCGUUGUGGGGUGGCUCGCGUUGCCAUGGUACGAUGAAAACACAUCGAGAGAGAUGUUGAAACUGUGAAAUCGUUUCGAAUUUGUGAUACGACACGCUCGCCGUUGACAGUUCGAACGAAAUGAUUCAUGCACCGACGACUACGGGUAAUAAAUUUCUCCGCGCGCGCUUUCUCGCGCCUCUACGAGCCAUCCCUCGGCUUGGAAAAUAUAUCUCAAUUCGCGAUUAAAGUAAGAAUAAAAGUAAAUAAAUUUUUUUUUUUCUGUAGAAAGUACAAUAUACAGAGCCUUACGAUCUUCCUCGAUCGUAACAGGGAUAAGACGCGUGCUGUUUGCAAGAUCGAAGAACACGUUGUUUAAAUAUGCCCUUCGAUUAUUAUUGCGCGAACGAUGCGUUUCAAUCGCUCGUCGUCGAGCACAAGAAUAAACAAGAUAUCGCAAACUUGUACAUAGCUUACCCCGGGAUGGAACAGUGCCAGGCAUAAUAUUGUUUCUAUCUAUUUGUAUCUUUAACACUGUUUUCUUUGUUAUCUCUCAUAUAUACCUAUUUCUCUCCUUCUCUAUAAUUGCGGUGACGUAAAACUUGUGAAAUUUAGGUAAUUAAGUUUGCUAAAUAUUGUUAAUAAUGAAAUCAGAAUCUCUCUGAUUAUAUCUCUCUCGUGUAUUUCAAUUUGAUGUAAUUUGUAAAAGCCUGUCACUGCAACGAACCGUUGAAACAAAUUAUUUCCCUUUUUAGAUUUUUCCGCUCCGGACAAAUCCAAUAAGCAAUAUAAUUUGAGUAAACGUAAUGUCAGUUCAUGAAACGCGGCGUUUCUCGUCCUUGAACCGAGCGUAUUAUUUUUCUCUGUAAAACGUCCCUGUUGUGUUGUAGUGCAAAUAAAUAUUAUUGUAAUA